CUUCCGGGGGAGGCGGCAGCUCUGGGUCCCAGUGCGGCGCUCGGCUCCGCUCGGCUCCGCGCCCUCGGCCGCCGCCAUGGUCCGCAAGAAGCUGCACCGGCCCAUCGCCGCCAUGGCCAAGAAGAUCCGCGAGUACCGGGCGCUGAAGGAUCGGCCGCGGGAUUCUCAGCGCUUCGUUGUGGACUACGAGACCAUGCGGCGGCCGCUGACGCAGAAACGGCUGCCCGUGCGGGCCUGGGAGGACGUGCGUAACGAGAACCGGCUCUUCGCGCUGCUCUGCCGCCUGCCGCGCUUCGGCGUGGGCCGCACCGUCACCCGCAAGUCCUGGCUGUGGGCGCACGACGAGCCCUGCUACUGGGUCAUCACCAAGGUGAAGGCGGACUACAUGGCCGAGAACAUGGACCAUGGAAAAGCCUGGGGUUACCUGACCUUCAGAGGCAAAACUGAAGAGGAAGUGAGGGAGAUUGACAAUGCCAUGUACCAUGACUGGCGUAUAGUGCCCAAACACGAGGAGGAGGCCUUCAAGAAGUUCACCCCAGUGUCUGAGGAGACUGUUCGGUUCCUGCCAUACCCACCACUGCUCCGAGCCAUGAUCCUUGCACAGUGGCAGAAGGAGGGAAAACCAAUUAUGGAAGAGCCAAUUAUUGAUCUGGAGAAGGUGCUGGCCUGUCCCCAAGAGCGGGCAAAGAAAAAAGCUACAGGGACACUGGUAUAAAGACUUGUUCUGGGUCCUAAGCAUCCCACAUGUUCUCGCUGCCUGUUAGAAGCCUGGUGCACAAGGGGUCUUACAGAGCCCUUCUGUGCUCAUUGUGGUAGGAUGUUUCCAGCUUUCUUCUCAGCCCUAUACAGUCAUCUCAUCCAAAAGGGAAGAUGUAGAUAUAUUCAGACUCUUUUUGGUUUCAGUCAGCAGGGUGGUCUUCUUCGUUCUCUGGAUAGUCUCUAAAUACACAGCUCCAGUCAACCAGCUGCAUUUCAUUGGAGCAUAGAUUUUUUUAUAUAACUUGGGUCCUGCAUGAAUCACAGAAGAAUGACUGUGAAUACCACAGUAUUUCACAGGGCUGUGAAAAAAUGUAUCUGCAAAUGGAAAUAAAUGUUUUCUUAAUUCUGCA